UAGCAGGCUGUGCUGUGGGAGGGUGAGAUGAGGCUGAUAUGAGGUCUGCUACCCUUUAAAAACAUAUGGAACAGCAAACAGUGUGGUGAGAAACAAGACAUCAGGACACCAGCCUCCUGUGACACUAUGGCCUCCAGUCUUCCGAUCCUCCUGUUGGUACUGUGCAGUCUGAAUGUGGCUAAAGCCCAGUUGAAACUGUUUAACCUGCGAGCCAGCGAUCUUCCCUCCAACCUCAUGGGAACCGCAGAUGGCUAUGUCAAGGUGUUCUGCGGCUCAGCCUCUCUGGGUAAAACGUCCAUUCGAAACAACACCCCUGACCCCUGGUGGAAGGAGGAGUUCACCCACUUCAAGGCUCAGCAGAAUGACGUACUGAGGCUCGAGGUUUACGACAGUGACUACCUCUUCGAUGACCUGCUGGGAGUCUGCCAGAGACAGAUCAAGCUGGGAACCCAUAAGCACGACUGCUUCCUGAAGAAAGGCGGGAUCCUCCAUUACUCCUAUACCCUUGGUUGAGACAGUUAUUAGCCCUGUAUAGAUGUAUCUGACCUUUAGUCUUUACAGGCGGCUUGCUCAUCUCUCAAACUGGCUCUUUCAUCCUAAUGAAUGAUUUCUAAACGACUAACUGUGAGUGCUUAGGUUCUCUGUCCCAAAACACUUAGGAUUAGAUCAGAAAAAUAGUUAAUGAUAAAAAAUAAAUGAACUUCUGCCACACUGUAUCAUUGGCUAGUAUAGAUGUAUGUGAGUACAGGCAGCCUUUAUUUACCACAGCAUGGGUACAUCUUAAUUUAUGGCUUUAAUUGUCACCAUUCAUUAUUCAGGUUUUUGAUCAGACAAACCACAUUCACAUUACCAAGAAAGAUCUAAACAGCUUCAUUCAAUAAAGCUAGUGAGCAUUU